ACGGCCUCUCCCGUCGGCGACGAUGGCGUCGGCACACGUUCCAUCCCACAGGAAUACGAUGUCGAUGUCGGGCAACAUGGGCUCACCGCAGCAGCCGACAACGAGACAGCAACGCCGUAUGACCGUGCCUGCCCCGCCGCCUCAAUCACUCGAUCUCCCUGAAGCUGUGUACGGACACCCUGGCCAUUCGUCCAACAACUCUCGGCCGCCCUCUCCCCUCCGGAACGGAGUCUCUGCCGACGAUCUGCGGAGACAACACGACGAGGACGAUGAGUCCGAAGACGGUUCUGAUCAGGACGAAGAUGACGACGUGCACCGACACUGGGGUCAACGUGCACAGUCGCCGACACCCUCGAUGUCGCAGCUCGCGGCGACCUUCGCGCAACGCCUCAACACCGCCGUCACGGGUCGCAUCAGCAGCCCAUCUCCCUCCCCCAUGGCCGCCCCAGGAUCCCCCUCACGCAAGCUCACGGAUGCAGAGCUCGAAGCGGAGGCAGAGCGCGAGCGCGACAGGAGUCGGCGGGAGGCCGAGCGCAUUAUGUUACUGGAGGCUGAAGAGCGCCGCCUCGUCGAGGAGCGCGUGCGCCAGAUGAUGGAGUCUGGUCGCCGCUCACCCAUCGCGAACGGCUCCAGCCUUCCGCCGCCACCGACGCGCUCGCAAUCAACGCCCAACCCCCCUUCGCCCGCCUCCUCGGACAAGGGCGUAGGUGGCUGGUGGAAUGCGGCGAAGCAGCGCCUCACUCCUACCAAGGAGCCUCUCACGCCGGCGCAGCAGAUCAUUCAAGAGACAAAGCAACGAGACAAGGAGCGGAAGAAAGCCGAGAAGGCAGAACGGAAGUCGAAGAGUAGGGAGCGCGGACGCAGCACCAGUCGGACACCCGACCCUGAAUGGCCCGCCAAACCUGAUACGAAACGGGAAGACCCUGCGUUCUUGCGACUCGCUGAAAGCGCGAGCCCUCCGAGCACGCCACCUCGCGGCCCUGGCAUUUCCGAAAGUCCCACCACCCGUUCUGCGCCUUCACGUGUCCCUGCUCCUCAAUUCAAUCCUCCUCCCGCAGUAUCUGACGCGCCCGUCUCUUCGUCCCUUACCCCUCCGCGCCCGCAGUUUUCCUCGCAAGCUCAGCCGCCUCAAUCAAACUCUCUGCCGCCGUCUCUCUUCGGCUCACCCUCACGCAACUCCGAAUCCUCGCCUCGUGCAGACAAGGAACAGCCACCCUUAUAUGCUCAAUUUGAUCAACGCGGGACGCUUGAUGUGCACGGCACACUGCUUGUCGUUGCCAAGCGCUUCGAGAAGUUGGAAAAAUGGACUGUAGGGCAUGUGCGAGCCCUCGAGGAGCGCAUGAGUGACGUCGAGAAGUGGCUAGUCGACAAGGAGAGGGAGAAGGAGGAAGCCGAAGCUCGUGAAUCGCAGCUCAAGGAACAGCAGUCUCGCGAGCAAGACGGUGCGAGCCGUGAGAACGAGCGCGACCAAGACAGUGUUACCAAUUCGUUCGCAUCCAACCCGUCCGGUUCGGGCAACGGCGAACGGAUUGAGUUCCUGGAACACGAGUUGGGCGACCUCCGGGACGAAAUGGCGGAGCUGCAGGGACGCAUUGGGGAAAUCGGACGGGAGAUGGCCCGCCUCGCGACACUCCCCGGCAAUCUCAGCAAUAUUUCUUCCCGCGACUCGAUUGAGCUUGGACGCGCUCCGUCCACCGCUUCAUCGCUCGCAGUGCGGUCCAUUGAUCCCAAGGCAGUCGCCACACCCGUUAGGCGGGUGAGCACCCCGAGUUCGUCGAAGUUUGGAGAUAGCACGAGCCCGCCUGCGAGGGCUCAUGGGGUCGUGCGUUCAGGAUCGCGGACUCGCUUGCCUUAUCCGACUGGCGACUAUGCCAGCCCGCCUGAGUCAGCGCUGGGCGGCGCAUUCUCCCCGCCCAGUUCGCCACCGCAAACGCAAUCGUAUGGAUCGACGAAUCGAAGCAACGUGUCCGGCUUGCCCUCGGUCACCAGCGACGCGUUUGGCAAGAGUCCGCUGUCUACAGGCCUACCACCGCCUAGUGCGCCUGCAUUGAGGUCUACGAGUACGAGCCCGAACGUGAGUCCGACGCCACGGAAGCGAUAUACGGUCGCAUUGGGCGGGCCACUGCGACCUCCUGAGGCAGAACGGGAACUGCCGGCCAAUCAAGCGCCGGUAGCCACGGCCUACUUUUCGUCCUCGCCUGCCGUAACUCCGACCGAGCUCGAUUAUACAAGCGCGAGCGAUGCCGAUGCAUCCGGCGACGACGAGUCUGUCUUCAAUCCUACGGGGGCAGGCAGGCACAAGAAGGCCCGAGAUGCCGAGCGAGCAGAAGAGGAGGACGAGUUCCAAGAGGAAACGAUCGGCAAAUCGCUGGGCAGGACGCUCCCCAUCCAGCUGAAACACAAAGCUUCCAACGGGAGCUUCGAACCUUCACCCUCGCCAUCGCCUUCGAGCAACCUUGCGCGCGGGAGGACGAAGCCACGCCCGCAGUCGAGCUACGCUGGUUUCUCCUACUCGUCCGUCUCGUCGCAGUCGACGACGUCGCUCAAUUCGACUGGCUCUGCAUCCGUCGCGCCGCUGAAGGUGCGCUUGCGGUCGCGCUCGACGGCGGGCUCGAGCGAUCCCAAGUUUGUGGAUCCUUACGAGGCAAGGAAGCAGGAAAAGGAGGGAAUGAAGGGCGUGAAAGAGGAGAAGGCGCCCAAGGUGGCGGCUGGCAAGCCGAGGCCACCCGUAGGGCAGCUGGUUGCUUUCUUCGACGGAGGCGAACGAAAAGAGGUUUGAUUGGCCUUCUGCUUGAGGACGUGCAGGCAAUAUAUAUUUCAUUCUUGCUGACCUUAUAAUCUGACAUUUUUGACCUGGGUGUAGGAGACGGCUUUUGCUUGUGCUUGUGUUAACGACGGUUCACGAUAUUCCCCAUGAUCUCCCACCAUCUUGCUUCGCGUACAUACCUUUCUUCGAAUGUGCAAGAGGCCCUGGCAUACGGUAUUUACGGAUUUUUGCAACGAUCAUAAUAGCGUUUUUGCAUUCAGCGCACGCGUAUGCGUACACUAUACAACGUGACAGAGCCAUUACUUAUAAAUUACCCUGGAUCAGCGUACAACAACCGGGAAGUCCUUCAAGAACCCGCAGCUCAAACGUCCGAGUC